AUGAAGCUCGACGCAACAGAUCUGAGAUAUGUCACCUCAGAUGAAUUCCGGGUGCUGACUGCAGUAGAAAUGGGCUCGAAGAACCAUGAGAUCGUCCCAUUAUCUCUCAUUGUCCAGAUAUCCGGGCUGCGGAAUGGCGGGGUCAAUAAACUGGUUGGCUCGCUCGCCAAACGCAACUUGAUCUCCAAAGUUCAGAACGCAAAAUAUGACGGUUAUCGUCUGACAUAUGGCGGAUAUGACUAUCUUGCCAUGCGUGCUUUGUCGAAGAGAGACACCAUGCAUUCAGUAGGAAACCAGAUCGGGGUCGGGAAGGAAUCCGAUAUCUACAUCGUCGCUGAUGCGGAGGGUAACGAGAUGGUUCUUAAGCUUCACAGACUUGGCCGCGUCUCAUUUCGCGCCAUCAAGGAGAAGAGAGAUUACCUAGGGAAGCGUAAAUCAGCAUCUUGGAUGUAUAUGUCAAGAUUGGCAGCGCAAAAAGAAUGGGCUUUCAUGAAGAUCCUACACGAACACAACUUCCCCGUUCCUCGCCCCAUCGACCAAGCACGACACACUAUUCUCAUGGAAUUCAUAGAUGCGUACCCUCUCCGCCAAGUAUCAGAAGUUGCCAACCCCGGAAAGCUGUAUUCUGAGCUAAUGGACGUCAUAGUUCGCUUUGCACAAGCCGGACUCAUUCAUGGUGACUACAACGAGUUUAACAUUCUUAUUCGCCGUACAACUGGAGAGCCCGUUGUCAUCGACUUUCCUCAGAUGGUUAGCACAUCCCAUGAAAAUGCUGAAUGGUACUUUAAUCGAGACGUCGAGUGCAUACGAACUUUUUUCAAGAGAAGAUUCCGUUAUGAAAGUUCACUCUACCCUCGAUUCAGGAAGGUGCUGGAAGAGGGCUCAGCAGAGCCAGGAUUCAAAUUGGAUGUGAUGGCGGAGGCCAGCGGUUUUGGAAGAAAGGAAAUGCAGGUAUUAGAAGAGUACAUGGAAUCUGUAAAGGAGCAAGAAGGACGGAGCUCAGAGGUAUACAGCGAGGAUGAAAGUGAAGAGGAGGACAGCGAAGAGAUCCAAGAGAUCGAACAAAUCCAGCAAGAGACUAUCGAAUCGGAAGAUUUGCCUCCGACGAACCUUGAGGAAGGCGGGUCAGUUCCCAUGUCAGUAGAUGCCCCAACACCUCCAAAACCUCAGGCUAUGGAUCCUAGCGAUCUUAACCUGGAAGCUCUUGGCCUAUCUGAUAUUUCGGAUAGGCAGCUGUCAAGAUCCCCUCCCCAAUCACGACGCAGCAGCCCUCCAGCUGCAGAUGAUCAGAGUUCGGAAGAGGAGGAGCUGGAGCACACAGGCCAGACACCCGACAUCAAGACGAUUGUUUCGCAUGACAUUGCGAAACGGCGAACACAACAGCAACGAAAGCAUCACUCGAGACGGUCGGCCAGAAAUGCUGGUCGACCGCAAGGAAGCAAAGCGAAGCAGGACAAACGGGUAAAGCUGUCAGAGCAUGCUGGACUAUGGGGUUAA